AUGUCUGAAGUUAAACCUGUUGAAUUGAAUAAAAAAGAAGAAUCUUCUGCUUCAAAACCACCAACUUCAGCUGUUUUCUCCAUGUUUGGUGGUAAAAAACAAGAAUCUAACGAAAAGAAAGACCAAGAUAAGGAUGAUGAAGAAAAGAGUAAUGCUGAUAACAAGAAAGAUGAAGACGCUCCAGAAUCUCCAGAUGUUCAUUUCGAACCAAUUGUUCAUCUAGAAAAAGUUGACAUAAAAUCUAUGGAAGAAGAUGAAGAAGUCUUAUACAAAGUUAGAGCAAAAUUAUUUAGAUUUGAUCCAGAAAACAAAGAAUGGAAAGAAAGAGGUACUGGUGAUUGUAAGUUUUUGAAAAAUAAAUCAACUGAAAAGGUUAGAUUAUUAAUGAGAAGAGAUAAAACUUUGAAAGUUUGUGCUAAUCAUAUCAUUUCUCCAGAUUAUGAAUUAAAACCAAAUGUCGGUUCAGACAGAUCUUGGGUUUAUGCUUGUACUGCCGAUGUAGCUGAAGGUGGACCAGAAGCUUUCACUUUUGCAAUUAGAUUUGGUAACAAAGAAAAUGCUGAUAAAUUUAAAGAAGAAUUCGAAAAGGCAAAAGAACAAAAUAAAAAAUAA